UGGAGAACAAGACUAUGUUUUUAAGCCGUUUUAUCCAAGAUAUACCCACCAUAUCUAUUUGAAGUGAUCAGGCCUCUUCUCCCACAUCUAUGAUCAGAAUCUUACACAUGGGAUUGGAGAAUUGUUGUCGAAUCCAAAGGAAAUUUUACCUAACUCCACCAAACCAAGUUAUCAAAACCCAAACUUACAACAUUAAAACUGGACAGACAUGUUACACUUUCCCAUUCUUGGGAAAAAAUGUGAGAAAAAAGGAAAGAAUUUGUGUUUUUGGCUCCCGCUCAGGUCAGAACUGUCUCUCUUACUCACUCCUUUCCUUUUCACUCUCGUCUGUUCCCUUUCCUUUCUUUCUCUUAACUUUCCCUCUCCCACUCCCACUCUCUCUCACAUCUGGAGGUUAUCUGGUGUGGCUGUGUGACUCCUCGCCUGCUAUGGGACAGCCUGUGUUUGGACUGGACGUCAGACUUCAGUGCGUUUCAGCAAACGUUGGUCGGAAGGGCCCUUGCAGUUGGUGAGGACUGAAGCUUCAGACACAGCAGAGAGAGGGGACAGAGAUCCGGCUGUCUUUUGUUGUUGGCCUGUGGCGCUUCACAUUGCCGCUUUUAAUAAUCACCAUGAUCUUGGAACAUGAGACAUAGGCCUACUGGUUUUGAACUGCCUGUGGGAAGAUUGAACACGAGAGCUCCGCAGUGGACAUGGCCUUUCCCAAGCAUUCCAUCCUGCAGGCCCUGAGUGUGCUGCUCUUGGCAUGGGUGUUGGUGCGUUGCCAGGCCCCUCUCGAACCAGAGAAAGAGGAGGAGGAAGAGAUUGACAUCUCAACAGUGGUGACGAAAUCUGAGACAAUCAGAUGUCCGCCAGAGUGCAGCUGUACGGCAGAUGGGGCAGUGGACUGCGCUGGAGUCGACCUCACAGAGUUCCCCCCCGAGCUGUCUGACAACACCCGCCAGCUCUCUCUACAGAACAACAAAAUCAAGGAGAUAACAGUGGAACACAUUUCCCAUCUGCAUCAGCUUGAGACUUUCAACCUUCAGAACAACUGGCUUACCACAGAUGGCCUUGAAGAUGAAGGUUUUGAGAUGCUUGAACAGCUGGCUUAUUUAUACUUGGCAAAUAACAAGCUCACCUCAGCACCAAAAGUCUUACCACCCUCUCUGGUUAGUGCUGACUUUGCUGCUAAUCAGCUUACAAGGAUCUACCCAUAUACGUUUGGCCAUAAACCAAAACUGAGGUCUGUGUAUCUCCAUAACAACAAGCUGACUGAAGCAGGGCUUCCUGAUCACAUGUUCAAUGGUUCUGACAACCUGGAGAUCAUCACUAUGUCCAGCAACUUCCUUCGGGUUGUCCCGAGGAACCUACCCUCCACCCUUUACCGUCUUCAUCUGAAGAGUAACAAGCUGGAGAAAAUCCCAGCGGGGGCCUUUGACAACUUGCGAAACCUCAGAGAGCUGUAUCUCCAGAACAACCUCCUCAGCAAUGAGGGCAUGGACAACGAGACUUUCAGCCAGCUGAGCAGCCUGGAGUGUCUGGACUUGUCAAAUAACAACCUGAGCGUCGUCCCCAAGGGUCUGCCUCGCAAUCUAGUGCUGCUACACCUGGAGAAGAACUCCAUCCGCAGCAUCCCUGGAGAUGCUCUGACUUCUGUCCGAAACCUUGAGUACCUGCUCCUCCACAAUAACAAGCUCCGCUCACGUUCCAUCCACCCAGCUGCCUUCCAGGGCUUGAAGAAGCUGCACACGCUCCACAUGUAUAAUAACUUGCUGGAGCGGGUUCCCAGGGGCUUGCCUCGGCGAGCCAAGACCCUAAUGAUACUGCACAACUUCAUUUCCGAAAUUGGCCGCAACGACCUAGCCCUGCUGUACACCCUGACAGAGCUCAACCUCAGCUACAACAAGUUGACUAGCUCCAAGCUGCACCGCGAGGCUUUCAGGAAGCUGCGUGUCCUGGAAACCCUGGAUCUGUCGGGGAACAGCCUUCACUCUCUGCCCCUGGGCCUUCCUCGCAGCCUGCAGGUGCUCGAAAUCAAGAACAACCAGCUGAACUCCAUACCAGACAGUGCACUGACAGGCAUGGAGAAGCUACGAAAGCUCAUCCUGAGCAACAACCAGCUGAAACUGAAUUCAGUCUAUCAGGGAGCCUGGAUGGAGCUCAGUGCUCUCACAACACUAGACCUCUCUGGUAACCAGCUGUCACACAUCCCCUCUGACCUGCCUGAGUCUCUGGAGUACCUUUACCUGCAAAGUAAUCGCAUCUCCAGUGUUCCUGCUUCAGCUUUUGAAGGCACUCCAAACAUCAAAGGCAUCUUCCUUCGGUUUAACCGCCUGUCUGUGGACUCUGUGGACGAGAGCUCUUUCGCACACCUGUCCAACUUGCAAGUCCUGGACAUCGGCACAGGAAACACAAACCUCCCCUUUAAAAGAGAGGAGAUGGAUGGUGACAAGAUGGAGGAGGAGCAGGAAACAUAAGGCAUGUUCAAUUAAACUGACAUUGGACUGCAUUGUGUCAAAAACAGAAAGGGCUUUUAAAUGGGAAUGAACCUGUGAAUGUCAUUUCCCAGGUCCAUUAUUGUAUUGUGCUGAAUGGCAGAGUUACAUAUUUCUGGUGCAGGAUACCAGAUGAAGUUCCUUUAAUUUCCAUUUUUUGGGCUGGUUAGUAUUGCAUAUCUUUAUAUCUGAGCUUUAAUAUUUGUUUUUGACUGUUGACAUGCAACAUCUAUCAUUUAAUUGUGUUUUUGUCCUUUAUUCUAAAAAAAAAAUGCAUUCACAAAGCAGAGUGAAAAAGGACAGAUGUUGUUCACACUGUGUGCGUCUUUCUCUCCUUUAUGUCAUUUUGUUAAUGGCUGCCUUGUGUUCCUGGCUUAAAAAAAAAGUGAUUUUACUAGAAAUACUGUGAAACAAUGUGUUUUUAACACCAAGGGUAGCAAGAUAAGCAGUCUGACGCUCAACGAAGCCUGAGAAAUCUCAAACUCUUGAAGGAAACAUUGCAACUACUGCAAUUACUCUCAAAUAGGGCUGCAAUUCAGUUUCAUUAUCGAUUAUUCUAUUGCUUAUUUUUUCAAGUAAUCGAUUUAUCCGUCAUGUCAAAAUGUCGAAAAUUACAAAUGCUCAUCACAAGCCUGAAAUAAUUUUUCUAAUUGCUUAUUUUGUCAGAUCAACAAUCCAAAAAUCUGAGGCAUUCAAUUUAUAAUGAUAUAGAAAAGAAAAAAGAACAAAGAGCUUUAAAGUUACAAUCCUUAAAAUGUCCACUAUAUCAAGCACCAUUCGAUAAGAUUUAUUGCCCACAUUUUUUAGCAUUAGCCAUUCACUAUAUUUGCAUUCUGUAAUUGUGUUACUACGUACAAUAGCAGUAUUUAUUGUUACUGACGGAGUCCGCUUUUGGUGGAAUACAAAUUAAGUAUCAAUGCACAAGGGAUUCACAAGAAAUUAUGCAUAAACGUACUGGACGUGAGGUACAUAUUUCACGUACUGCGGAACACAACAUUUGAUCACGAGUUCAGUAUUUCCAUGUGAGAUGACAUUGUUGACUGUCUUUUUUAUUAAAACAUUGUGACAGGAUGAAUUCUGUUACCACACGAUUUUGUUGGGCACGCUCUAUAAGACGGAGUGCCCUCUCUGGCCGUGUUAGCUCCCCCCAGUGGUCAAUACGUGUGUCAUUUUGAACAGAACUCUUGUACUUGUGUUACUAAAACGCACUUGCUGUUACCACCAAUUACUACAGCUGUUGUCAAAUCAACCAGGACUUAGAUCUUAUGGAUUGUAACUUUAGACAGUGAAUGCUCAGUAUUUUUACUUGAUAAAUUAUUUAAAUUAUUAAUGAUAGUCAAAAUGCUUUAUAUUACUUUUCUUUCAAAUGAUUAAUUGAAAUGAAAGAACUGCACUACUCUCAAAACAUUCAGAAGGUGUUGAAAAGUGACCGAUACACAGCCAGUAAGGUUCUGGAAUGAAAGCAGUAAUUUACCUACAAUAUGGAUGUCUUGAUCAUCAUCAUUUUUAUGUUAUUCUUUUGCCAUGUGCUUGUGAAUGAAAUAUUCCAACAUAACAGCAAUUUCGACAUAUCUGAAGCUUCAAUCCGUGCUGCUGCUGCUACUUCAGUCCAUUCCUGUUUUUAAAAAAAGAUAGCAAAUAUUUUUUAUAUGACAUCGAAAAUACUCAUCCUAUUACACUCACUAUAUUGCUAUGAAUACAGUGUCACUUUCACAUACAGCAGUAUAGUAUUGUCACAUAUACAGUCAUUGAACACAGCAAUAAAUUAUUUGAAAAGGCUGAA